AUGCAGACGCGAGUGUCGGAGGAGUGGGAACGCGCAACACCAUCAACUCUGGCCUUCAAGUUACCCGGCAUGCAGUUCAGCAACAAAGAAGUCAAAUUUGACGCAAGCACGGCAUCUGCUGACGGAGAGAGAACUACGACGGUAGAAGAGCAUGCUAUUGUAGAAGAGAUAGAAGACAACCAGCCCUUCCGAAACCGACGCCCUCCAGAUGUUUCAACCAUCGAUGACUAUGUGUGCAUGCUCAUCACUGCAUUUAGGACUGCUGUGCUCCGCAACAUGGGUUGGGUAGAUAGCAGGGCUGAGCGAAAGGACCGAUAUAUCGCCAUGUUGUGUCACUACGGUAACUGCGAUCGGCGCAGAGACGGGGACAGCAAACGAGAGCAAGAUUAA